GGGUUUCUGCUACUUCAACUCUGUGGCCAUCGCUGCCAAGCAGCUCCAGCAGAAGCUCAGCGUCAGUAAGGUCCUCAUUGUCGAUUGGGACGUUCACCAUGGUAAUGGCACCCAGGAAGUGUUUUACUGUGACCCCAAUGUUCUCUAUAUUUCACUCCAUCGCUACGACAAUGGAAACUUCUUCCCUGGCAGUGGGUCACCAGCUGAGGUCGGUUCUGGAGCCGGCAAGGGCUUCAACGUGAACGUGGCGUGGACUGGAGGACUGGACCCACCCAUGGGAGACGCUGAGUACAUCGCUGCAUUCAGGUCUGUGGUGAUGCCCAUUGCUCAGGAGUUCUCUCCAGACGUUGUUCUGGUGUCGGCUGGAUUCGAUGCCGCUGAGGGAAACCCUGCACCUCUGGGAGGAUACAAGGUCUCCGCCAAAUGUUUUGGCUUCCUGACCCGGCAGCUGAUGUCUCUUGCUGGAGGUCGGCUGGUUUUGUCCCUCGAAGGGGGUCAUGACCUCACAGCCAUUUGCGAUGCAUCCGAGGCCUGUGUCAGUGCUCUUCUAGGCAUACAGGAUAAAAUGCCAGAAGAUGUUCUGCUCCAAAAACCAAAUGCCAACGCAGUUCGCUCCCUGCAGACUGUCAUACAGAUACAAAGUCAGUACUGGCAGAACUUAAAGGACUACAGCGGAACAGUAGGACUGUCAUACCUGGCCGCUCAGAGCAAAGACUGCGAGGAAACGGACGCUGUGAAUGCGUUGGCCUCGCUAUCCGUGGGGAUCAUGCCCAACAAGAGUGUCCCAGACGAGCCGAUGGAUCACGACAGUGAUUCAGUGUAGGAGAAUUCAGCCAAUCACCUCACAGAUUUCAUUCAGGAAGUGUCCUCCUCCUCAGAUCUCCUGUGCUGUUACACAAACAUGAAGGGGAUUUUUUUUUUUUUUUUGAAAUUCCGCUGAGCCUCACCUGUUAGCCUUACUCAAACAAACACCAGCCGACGCAGAAUGCUGGACCUGCUGUUCUGAGCACCCGAGUUCUGGUAACCACUUGGCUGAAGCCAGCAGCACUACCCGCAGCUGAGAAACCUUCAGAAACCUCACCAAAGAGCAGCAUACAAGUUUAUUUGAAAUGACAUUUCAUGUCUCCUGACUGACAUCUGAAUGCAUCGGCGUAAUUCAUGCGUGUUCCAGUUGUCCGAUGCUGCAGCCUUGUGAGCUAAAACCUUUUAAGAACAGACAAAACUCUGAUUCUUUCUGUGUACCAGCAGCUGAUUUGUUGCCUUAACGUUGCCUUAUUGUAAAAACCAGCUUCAUCAUUUAAGAUGAUUUUUAAUGUCUCUGUGACAACUGAAGCAAACUCUGACCAAACAAGAUGCAAAACUAAUUUACUGMGUAGCAUCGGUAGUAUGUUUAAAUUGCAAUGAUAUGACCAAGUGGAAGUGGCCACGUUAUUUAAAAACAGAACACAAAAGCAAGGGAUUGUCUGUUUUGAUGGGGUUUAACCACUAGAAGAACUGGAGGAAAAUCGAGAAAAUGAAGACACAAAAUGGACAACUGUGGUUUUGUACAAAGAACAAUUGUUCUUUGUUGCUUUUUUGUUGCACUGUUCAUUCCAUAAUGUGAACCAUAAGAAAUUCCAAAGCUCUGGGAUAAGACAAUUCCUCUUUGUCAAAUAUUUAAUAGGCUUUUUUCAAAGAGCUGGAAUAAAUAGUGUUUAUUUUUUCCCCAUUUUUAUCUGAGACYUAUGACUCACUUUUUACAUGUAAGCCGGAAUACUGUAGAGUUGUUUGUCCUGCAAAUCACACCUGAAAAGUAGGCAUGUUAGGGUCGUGUUGUUGUUGUUGUUGUUUUUUUUUUUAUUUUUUUUUUUGUUUUUUGCUGUCAGUGUCUUAUUUUGGCUUUCAUACCCAUAAAAACCUACUCACUCGUGUACAAAGCAAUCAUGAAUUUUUAUUGUACCACUAGUAUUGAAAAUUGUAUAUUAAUGUUUAUUCUUGAAGACUAAAGGAGUGAUCGUUCCACCCUGACACCACUGAGGACCAUUGUAUUAUUUUGUAUUAGCAAUACUGUUAUUGCACUUAAUUUACAUCACCCAAAGAAAUCUGCCUUAAAGCUUCCUGCUCUUGGAAAGUGGACUUUAUGGAAUUGAGACAAGAGCAGGUCUGGACAUUAUACUUUUUGAAAGACAAGGUUUAAACCAUCCAUCCAUUUUCUUUCCCUGCUUUUCUUUAACGGAUCAUGGGAGAGCUGGUGCCUAAAAGGUGGCGCGUACCCUGGACAGGUAGCAAGUCCAUCCCGAGUCCAUAUAGGAAGAAGUGAGACAAACAACCAUUCACACCCUAAACCACAUCCAGGGACAUUUUAGGGUCACCAGUUUGGUUUGGGAGAGAAAACCCACGCAUGCACAGAGAGGACAUGCUAUGUCCAGACAGGAAGGCCCCCACGCCGGGUGGCGAACCUUCUUGRUGAACGGCGACAGCGCUAACCACUGCACCACCGUGCCGGCCCAAUGUUUAAACCUGUGGAUUUAUUAGAACUUACUUAUGCAGUGUUUGGAUACUGUUUGCUUGAGUACAAUGACCUGAUUUGGUCUGAAUGUUUAUUUUUGUUUGUUUCGUUGUCUUAAAAAAAGAAAUGAGAAAAAAAAUUGCAGGAUUUUCUUCAAUUUUUUUUAUUAACUAUAUAAGACGAUUGUCCAUUUGUACUUAGAAACACCUCUGUUUGUGAUACAGCUGAAGUCUGAGCUGAUAUCUGUUGUAGAACCUCUGGUGAUCGUUCACUUAAAUGUUUCUUUUCUUUGUACGCGAGAUCUCUCUGCAACAGGGCAUUUCUGGGCUCUGCAUUCCAAAAGUAAAGGAAACUAGACUGUAUGUUAGUUUGCUUUUUUGACGUGUAGCAAAAGAGUCUUAGUCUUUGUUUUAAGCAUUUUGUUGUUGGACCAUUUUCAGAUGAUCGGUACUUUUGUUUUUGCACAAGAGCUGCGUGUGUCUGAGUUUAUCUACUGGCCAAAACAUGACAGACUUCUUUAACUGUAACCAUCUGAAGACGAUUCUGGACACUAAGCUCUUCUGAAACUUAAACUGAAAUUUAGAUUUGAUGGUUWUUUAAGCCUUACAUCAGUUUGUGCUAAAAUUAGAUUUUUUUUAACCUGAUGUUUGACAGCUUUUUUUGUGAUUACAAUUAAUUUGGACACUUUUUUUUCAACUCUUGUUUUUUUAUUUUUAUUUUUUACAGAUAUAAGAAAAAGACUUUAACUGAAAAAAAUGAUCAGUUUACUAUAAUCUGCACAAGGUUGUUUUUUUGGUCAUCAAACCUCAUUCAUCAUUGGUCUAAUCGAAUACCAGAGCUUCUGACUCAAGCAAAGACAGCCGAUGCCAACAUUUCAAAAUUCUGCUAAGGCUUGUUUUUGCAAAACUGUUUUGUCUGAGAAAAAAAAGUCACUCUUGUUUGUAAUAAAAUGCUUUCUCUCCAGCAUACCCAGUGGGUGCAUUUAAUCCAUGAAGUAAAUGUCAAACUAAGCAUAUGUGAGAGCAGGAGUGAUUACAUGAACACCUCUGUCUUUUUGUUUAUUUGCAUUCAUCUGCAAGUAUUAAGGUGUCUUUUUAUUCAUCGAAUGUUGUAAAUGACCUUUGUAUUAUAGUUCCAGUGGACGUUUUUGUCUUAAGUGGAGGCUAGUUAUUGCCUCAGCUCUUAAUUCCUUUUAUUACUAAUGUAAUUUGUACAUUCUUCUUAAAGAAAGACACUGUAAAUAGAAACUCCAAAAGACCAAAAUACACAAUCACAGGUGUGCCUUGAUGCAUUCAGUAACAUGUGUAUUGGUAAUUCUUGAUUAACUGAACUUGCUGUAGCUUUGUAUCUUAAAAAGUGACAUUGAAAUCUUCAUUUCAUUCUGUUCUUUCUUACUUAUAACUUUAGUCACAUUUCCUACCAUGUGUAUGUAUAGAAAGAUUGUCUAUUUUAUACUUUUUGCCUUUUCUUCUUGAUUAAAAAAUACUUCCACUCUAAA